AGAUCUGUCGGUGGUUCAAGUGGUAGGAGAAAGAGGACAUAUGUCUCGUGGAAUAUACAUCGAGUUUAACGUCGGAGAGCAGUCGGUCAGUCUCAGUGGCAAUUCCAACAUCAAAUUAAACGCGCGCUCCGAGAUUCAAACAGUGAUUGCAUCAAACUUGUCGGUUCAACAUUUUAAUCAGCAUUUUUCAUCGAUCCCCGGGGGCUUUUUAAAUUCAAUAAUUGAAGACAAUUGAUUCCAUUAUUGUGACCCGAACCCUGUUUAUUUAUUCACCGAGAGAUGGUGAAAACUCGAGUGUAAACUAAAAGAGCAUUGACCGUCACAGUGACUUCCACGUGUUGGAUUGAAAGCCUUUGUCAUGGAGAUUCUGAUGCACGAGGCCUCCAACGGGGUAUCUCCGAUUGCACAGGAUAAUGCGACUCCUGCGGAAAUUCCAGCGUCGAAAAUGGAGCGCUUGAGUGAUGAGAAAAGUCCAAAAAAUGGAUCGGGAAAGGGUUCGAAGGGCCCCGAGGAGUCACCACUGCUUGGCAAGGUCAAGGCUGAUCACGAAGUUACGGAUAUUGUGUUUGAAAAUAUAAGCUAUCGCGUCGGAUUCGGAUUAAUUCGAAAAGAUUUCAAGGAGAUAUUGCAUGGUAUAUAUGGACGACUCCCUGCAAGACAGCUGAUUGCCAUAAUGGGCCCUUCCGGUGCCGGAAAAUCAACCCUACUCGACAUACUAUCUGGCUAUCGUCUGACCGGUAUCAGUGGUAAUGUUUACGUUAAUGGACAAACACGUGAUCUGGAUGCAUUCAGAAGAUCAAGUGCCUACAUAACUCAGGACGAUCGUCUUCAGCCCCUGCUUACCGUAAUUGAAAAUAUGAGAGUCGCCGCUGAUCUGAAACUUGGUACGAACAUACCAAGACAGACCAAAGAACAAAUUAUUGAAGAAAUACUUGUGACACUGGGACUGUUCGAUCAUCAGACGACGAGGGCGAGUAGGCUGAGUGGUGGACAGCAAAAACGUUUGUCAAUUGCCCUUGAGUUGGUUAAUAAUCCGACUGUCAUGUUCCUCGAUGAACCCACCACGGGAUUAGAUAGCUCCACAUGCAUGCAAGUUGUCCAGCUGCUCAAGGUCCUCGCGAGACAAGGAAGGACCAUUGUAUGCACCAUUCAUCAGCCCAGUGCUUCGUUAUUCCAGUUAUUCGAUCAAGUACUUGUUGUGGCCAACGGCUACUGCCUGUAUCAAGGGGCCACUGAUCAAUUAGUACCCUAUUUAGAGAGUGUUAAACUACCAUGCCCGAUAUAUCACAAUCCAGCUGAUUAUGUUAUUGAAUUGGCCUGCGGUGAAUAUGGUUACGAUAAAAUCGAGAACCUCGUUAAUGCAUCCGACAAUGGCAGAAAUUUACAGUGGUUCAAUAAUAAAGAGCGCUUUGUAUCGUCAAUCGAGGUUGCUAUUGAUUCAUCGAGGGAUGGAGAAAAAAUACUAGACACCAAUGAAAAAACAGGAAAAUUCGAUGAAGGGGAGAGUGAGAAAAACAGUGUAUUAAAAAAUAUGAAUAAGAAAAAAUCUCGGCAAGCUACGUCACAACUUCAUCAGCUGAAAAUAUUGCUACAACGAGGAUUUAUAAAAAGUAAAAGAGAUACGACUUUGACAUAUCUAAGAUUGCUGGUUAAUAUUUUCACGGGUAUAAUGCUCGGGACGCUGUUUAUUGGGGCUGGUAAUCAGGGACACCGAGUUCUGGAAAAUUAUAACUUACUUUUUGCUAUUCUAAUGCAUCAUAUGAUGACAUCCAUGAUGUUAACAGUUCUUACAUUUCCAUCGGAGAUGAACAUCUUGAAGAAAGAACAUUUUAACAGAUGGUACAGUCUCAAAAUGUUCUACGUGUCGGUGACAAUUAUUGACAUACCCGUUGCUGUGAUAUGCUGUGCUGCAUUUUCGGGCAUUAUCUACACAAUGUCUGCACAGCCCAUGGAGUGGAGCAGAUUCUCAAUGUUCUUCACAAUUAGCAUGCUCGUUGUUUUUACUGCCCAGAGCUUUGGUCUCGUCAUCGGAGCUGUCUUCAGUGUUGUGAAUGGGACGUUCUUGGCGCCAACUCUCUCAGUCCCAAUGAUGAUGUUCGCUGGUUUUGGCGUUAACUUGAGGGAUCUUCCAGCAUAUUUGAGGCCUGGAAGUUACCUGAGUUACUUGCGAUACGGCCUCGAGGGCUACAUUCACGCGAUUUACGGUGAACAACGUGAGACACUCGAGUGUGCGAAAGCUGAAGAGUACUGCCAUUACAAAUAUCCGAAGAAAUUUCUGACUGAAAUUGUGGCCAUGGAACCCGAUCAAUUUUGGAACGAUGUCUUUGGACUGACUGUUCUGCUUCUAGUGUUAAGGAUAUGCUCCUACUUUCUGUUGAGGUGGAAACUCCAGUCUUCACGAUAAUUACUGAAACACUUGGAUAAUUGACGUGCGAAAUGCCUAGGGAUAUUUUUGUGAUGAGUGGGAGUAGAGAAAUUAUUGAUGUUGUAUGUGUGAUGAUCAGUAAUGAGGUGCAAUUUUUUAGCUAUUUUUUUUACGAAAAAUAAUCAGUCAUGUUCAGUGAUUAUAGGAUACAGAUUAUUUUAUUAUUAUUGAUAACGGUGGACCGUGAAAUUCAAGGAGCUUCCCUGUUGAGUAUGGAUUAGGAUUAAUGUGCUCAGAGAAUAUUGUAAAUGAGAAUAAUAAAUAGUGUUAUUGUUUUUA